AAGUCCUGCAGCUCUAAUUCUGAAAUCCCAAAUUUUUUUUCUCGUUUUCGCAACAUGGAUGCGCUUCCUUCGGUUUUAAUUCUGGAAAUAUUAAACCGAGUGAACGAUUUCACUGAUCUAGUUCGUUGUAGACUCUCUUCAAAAACCCUAAAUUCCCUCUCCUACAAUGUUCGAUCCUUGAACCUCUUUUGCUCCUACGAUCGGUAUUUGAAAUCGAAAGCACCGGGGACGAAAGCUUCUGUCACUCCAUUCAAGAAGGUUAUCAAACAAGUACUCCAGAAUUUGAGAAAUAUUGAAUAUGUAGCUAUUGGCGUUGAGAAGCCAUUUCGUGGGCUAUUUGAUGAUGAUGAUGGAGACGAUGAAUCCGAUGAUCUCUACCUUUCUGACGUCAAUUUCGUAUCAGAAUGGCUGCCGGAAAUUUCUGGAAGUCUGAGAUCGCUAUCGGUUUCUGAUUUCUGGGCUCAGUCUUGCUGGCGACAGUCCGAGGUUCUCUCUCGAAUUUCUUCGUGUUGUCACGUUCUUCUUGAAUUAGAGCUUAAGAAUGCUUGGCUGUCAGUGAAGGGCUUGAAACCAAUGCCAAUGCUCACGAGUUUGACACUUGAAUAUGUAAGAUUAGAUGAUGAGGACCUAGACAAGGUGAACCAAUGCUUCCCCUCUCUUGAGACUCUUAGUCUUAUUGGGGUUGGAGGGCUUAAAGAACCCAAGAUACAUCUCUGGCAACUUAGAACUUGUCAUUGGACGCUAUCCAAUGCUCCAAUCUCUCUGACUAUACAUGCCCCUAACCUUACUUCACUCAAAUUGAACUGUGUCAAACCGAGGAGUCUAGUUCUUGAAGCACCAUUGCUCUCUGCUCUCUAUCUUUGUAUUGAAGGAACAGAUAAGUUUGGAUUGGCAUGCUUAUAUCAUUUGAAGUCCCUCUGCAUUAAAACUGCUGAUAUUUGCAUCCUUGGACAGUUGUUUCAAUAUGGCAGAACAGUCAAAACUUUGGUGGUGGAUUCACCUAAAUGGGAUGAACUAGUUGGAGUUGGUGGAGAGGUAGGCUUUGGUGCUUUGUCAAGUGCUUUUCCAAACGUUUGUGAUCUUGAAUUGGGACCUAGGGCAUGGUCGUCAUUAGAGAUGUCUUUUUGUAUGAGAAGCUUGAAUGAUGGGAGUAGAAUGAAGGAUUUGAAAAGAUUGAUGAUAUAUUUGGGGUUAUCGGAAUUUAGAGUUACGUGUUCAUUCAUUUCAUCUUUACUGGAUCAUUGUACCAACUUGUCAGACGUGGCAUUGCUCAUCCAUCGUGAUGUCAGUUUUGAUGUUGCAAGCCGACUCAAGUCCAGGUGUAUGACAGAUUUUCCUGGGUUUAGGUGGAGAUGGGGGAUUUGGAAAGAAGAGACAAAAGACAUUUGGAUCUCUUAGGUCUUAGACUCUUAGUCAACAUGUCCAAAGGAAGAACUACACAAGGUCCCACAUUUUUGUACAGGGAUAUUCUGUAGUUAGUUUCUGCAAGCUUGUUAUUUAAGAGCCCUCCUGUACUGUAAAGGCUGUUUAUAAGCACAGUAUUGUAACACUAGAUCCACAUCCAACAUGUUGGAAACUGUCCCAUAAAUAAUUUCCAUUGAAGAUAAGCACAGUCAAAAUCUGUGCAUGGAUGGCCAUCAAAUUCUCUGGAGGACAUGAGAGGAUAGUCGGGUGGUUGCGCAAAUAUGCCCCCUCCUUCCCCCCUCCCCUCAUUUCAUGUAUCCAAUAAAUGUGGAAAUAUGUUUAUUAAUUGUUUCUAUGCUUGUAUAGAUGCCCAAGGGCGUGUGAUUGAAAUAUAUGAAAAAUGGUGAACUUUGUUUCAUGGGAAGCAUCGACUUCUUUUUUUCUCCU